AUGACGUUCAAUAUGUUUUGCCGGCUAACCAUCUUUGUGCUGCUGUCUUCAGGUCUUUGUCACGGUGCUGGGGUAAUCCCGGUCGACUCACUGCGUGGGACACCUGGACAGAGCGUGACCUUCGCCACGUCUCUGACGCCGACAUCCGAACCCUUUCUGGCACUAACUUGGAGCUUUAACACGACCACCAGUGUGAUAACCUCGAGCAGCGUGGACGUAGUGGGAGAAGGCUACGAGGGUGUAGUAUCCAUACCUGUUAUGGCCUGUCCCGCAGAAAACCUGAUUGAAGGCAAAACCUCCCUCAACUUGACCUGCGACGCUGACGGUGUCGUGACGAACAGGGCGUGGAUGAGGAAAGGCAAACCGCGGCUCCCCGGGGACAGAUUCGUGUUUUCCGACGGCGGGCGAGUGUUGUCCGUCAGCCCCGUACACAGGCAGGACACUGGAGUGUUUCUCUGUAACGUCAGCUUAAGCCGUGGAAUUGGGGUGCUGCCCGACAGCCUGGUCGCAAUACCUGGAGAAACGGUGACAUUCGCCACAACAGUGACUCCACCAACCGCACCGUUCCUGGUUAUCACCUGGAGUGUUAUGGAUAUCCACGGCGCCAUCACGCAUAUAAUAACCUCCAGUAGUUUGAAUGUGACGCUGCCCGAGUACCAAGACAGGAUCACCCUCUUCCGCAACACAGGAUCUCUGGAGCCGAGGAACGUGACAAUGAGAGACGCUGGAGAUUACAGAGUCACCAUCAUACCUGCUGGUGGAUCUCAGCAGAGAGGGAACUGUAAACCCGACGUACAGGCACCAGUUUCCAGAGUGGAGGUCAGGACUAACACCACAGACAUUUUUGAAUUCAGUGGUCCUGUCAGUCUGUCCUGCUCCUCCACUGGGUCCUCACCAUCCUUCCGCUGGACGAACGGCAGCUCUGAGGUUCAGAUCACCAACGGAGGCUCCAUGCUCACCGUCGUCAACGUGACCCGCUACGAUCUGGGACCCUUUCGGUGUCACGUCUUCAACCUGAUCAGCAAUGGCACCAGCGAUCCGGUGGUCUUGUCUGUUCACUCGUCCCAAGAAUACUACGACGAAGGUUCGGACGUCGGCCUCACGUGCUCGGUGGCCUCGGGCCCUCCACCGCAAUUCCGGUGGCUCCGAAACAGAGACCUUUUGUCACACGCUGGACCGGAGCUCAGGCUGAUGAACAUGCAGUUGCAUCAGAGCGGAAACUACAGCUGUCAGGCCUUUAAUAACAAAACGCUGAGGAAUCAAACAUCAGAGCUUGUCGCUAUUUCAGUGACAAGAUAAAUUUCCAACGUGGUGAUCAUUCCCAGCAGCACGGACGUGGUAGAGCUCACCACAUCGGUCAGUCUCUCCUGCUCCUCCGCCGGAUCGUUCCCCACGUUUGUCUGGCGGAACGGCAGCUCCGAGUUGGCGGCCGGCGGCCGAGUCGAGAUCGACAGCAAAGGCGCUGUCGUCACCAUCCUUAACGUGACCCGCUACGACGAGGGGCCCUUCACGUGUCACGUCUCCAACAACUUCAGCAACGCAUCCAGCAUCCCGGUGAAACUCUCCAUCAGCUAUGGACCAGAGAGCGUUGAUUUACAACUAUUUCCAUCAUGGGAAUACUUUGAGAGAGGAUCCAACAUCAGCCUGUCUUGCUCAGCUGCAUCCGGACCUCCUGCCCUGUUUCAAUGGUUCCUCAACGGAGACAUGAUGUCCCAUACUGGACCGGCGCUCAAAGUGGUGAACGUUCAGGAGAACUGCAGCUGCCGGGCCUUUAACAACAAAACUGUGAAAUCUCAAACAACAAAGGCAUCAGCCAGCUUCAUACAGUAAAUCCCCGACUGCGACGACUCGAAGGCCGUUGCAAUUGCUGCCGCCAUCACAGGCGGGUGCUGUAUUCUCAUC